ACAUCACUGUUACUCUAGUCCAAAUUUCAUUCUCAAGAUUCCAUUUGUUUUUCCCGUAUUCUUCCAUUUCUCACCGUCUAUAUAAAGAAUAUGAAAAUUCCAGAUACCAUUAAAAAGAACAACAAAAAGAAGCUAAGCUAGGGGGACUGUGCUUCCUUCCUUCGCACUCAUUUUCUGGGACGACGCAUGAUCCAAGAUCCGAUUCAUUUCAAUUCGAACCGAACUUCAAAUCCCGUACAUCUGUUUCAGAUUUUUUGACGUUGAAUGCUUCAGUUUAGAGUAGCUUAGAUUGGAGCUGUAUAUUGCAAGAUCUGCUAUUAUCAUGGCUUUCUCAGAAAGGAUGAUGGUGCCUCGAAUCUGUUGGCUUUUUCUGGGACUGAUUCUGUUUGCUCAUUCUUGUCAUGGGUUUUACCUGCCUGGAAGUUACAUGCACACGUAUUCGACUACAGAUUCUAUAUUUGCCAAAGUUAAUUCCUUGACUUCCAUUGAAACCGAGCUUCCUUUUAGUUAUUACAGUCUCCCUUACUGCAAACCUCCCGGUGGAAUAAAGAAAAGUGCCGAGAAUCUUGGUGAACUUCUCAUGGGAGAUCAGAUUGAUAACUCUCCUUAUCGGUUUCGAAUAAAUGUGAAUGAGUCUCUCUAUCUUUGCACUACCAGCCCCUUGAAUGAGCAUGAGGUUAAGCUUUUGAAGCAGAGGACUCGCAAUUUGUAUCAAGUGAAUAUGAUUCUAGACAAUUUGCCGGUGAUGAGGAUUGCAAAACAAAAUGUGAUUAACAUUCAGUGGACUGGAUUCCCGGUUGGGUAUACUCCACCAAAUAGUAAUGAUGAUUACAUUAUCAAUCAUCUCAAGUUCAAGGUCAUGGUUCAUGAGUAUGAGGGGAGUGGCGUUCAGAUAAUUGGAACUGGGGAAGAAGGAAUGGGUGUGAUUUCUGAUGCUGAUAAGAAGAAGGCCUCUGGUUUUGAGAUUGUUGGUUUUGAGGUGGUACCAUGCAGUGUUAAAUAUGAUCCUGAAGUCAUGACUAAACUUCACAUGUAUGACAAGAUCUCCUCUGUGAACUGCCCCUUGGAGCUGGAAAAGUCACAAAUAAUAAUGGAGCAAGAGAGGAUCUCUUUUACUUAUGAAGUUGAAUUUGUGAAAAGUGAUAUUAGAUGGCCGUCUCGAUGGGAUGCUUAUUUGAAGAUGGAAGGUGCACGUGUGCACUGGUUCUCAAUUCUAAAUUCUCUUAUGGUGAUCACUUUCCUAGCUGGUAUUGUGUUUGUCAUUUUCUUAAGGACUGUGAGGAGGGAUUUGACAAGGUAUGAGGAACUGGACAAAGAAGCUCAAGCACAAAUGAAUGAGGAGCUUUCUGGAUGGAAGCUUGUUGUUGGUGAUGUUUUCAGAGAACCAGAUUGUCCGAAGCUUCUCUGUGUGAUGAUCGGAGAUGGAGUUCAGAUUACAGGAAUGGCAGCUGUUACUAUAGUUUUUGCUGCCUUGGGUUUCUUGUCACCAGCUUCAAGGGGAAUGCUACUGACAGGGAUGAUUAUUCUUUAUCUUUUCUUGGGUAUUGUUGCUGGGUAUGUUGCUGUACGUCUCUGGAGAACUCUCAAGGGAACUUCAGAAGGAUGGAGGUCCCUUUCAUGGUCAGUUGCGUGCUUCUUUUCUGGAAUUGUCUUUGUUAUCCUUACAGUAUUGAAUUUUAUUCUGUGGGGCAGCAAAAGUACAGGUGCAAUUCCCAUUUCCCUGUAUUUUGUACUCUUGUCUCUAUGGUUCUGCAUAUCUGUGCCUCUCACUCUCAUGGGAGGGUUCUUAGGGACAAGAGCUGAAGCUAUUCAAUAUCCUGUACGAACCAACCAGAUUCCUAGGGAGAUUCCUGCACAUAAAUAUCCUUCAUGGCUUCUUGUUCUUGGUGCUGGUACCCUUCCAUUUGGAACGCUGUUCAUUGAACUCUUUUUCAUCCUUUCUAGCAUCUGGCUUGGGAGGUUUUAUUAUGUGUUUGGCUUCUUGCUUAUUGUUCUUCUACUUCUGAUCAUCGUUUGUGCUGAAGUGUCAGUGGUCCUUACCUACAUGCAUCUCUGUGUUGAGGACUGGCGAUGGUGGUGGAAGGCUUUCUUUGCUUCGGGUUCAGUUGCACUCUAUGUGUUCCUAUACUCCAUCAAUUACUUGGUCUUUGACCUACAAAGUUUGAGUGGACCUGUAUCAGCUAUUCUUUAUCUUGGCUACUCAAUGAUCAUGGCAAUUGCAAUCAUGUUGUCAACAGGCACCAUUGGCUUCAUCACAUCUUUCUAUUUUGUCCAUUAUCUUUUCUCAUCUGUCAAGAUUGAUUAAAAGUUUCAUUUGGGCGAUCUUCAUCAACCAGCUGGAAAAGACUUUGGCAUGUAAGAGGUUGAUAUCUCGAUUCAUCAUUUUGAUUCCACUUAAGUUGCCUUUGGUAGCUAAUCAUGUUACACUAUAGCAAAGAAGCUUACAAAAUUAUUCAAAUUGUCUGUUAUUUUGGUGGUCGUUUAGGACAUGACAGACUUUAGAGUUUGUCAUUUACAAUCACAUCCACCCUGCUGCUUCCCCAGUUACGUAGUUGUGAGUCUUUUUAUUAGCAAUACGAAUCUAUUUUCCAACAGGAGAGAAAUGAUCUUUUAAAACUCUAAUAAAAGGGAAACUAAAGAGUAGAGACAUGGCCAUGGCGACAUGCAUGUAGCAGCUGGUGAGCCAGAUGCGAUGGCUACUGGAGAAAGCAGGAUACGUACGUUUGAAUUUCAAUCUAGCUGCCAUGCCAACAUUUGAACAUCAAAAUCUUAACAAGAAUCUGAUUGAGUAAGAAACCUAUCAUUACCAUCGAUCAGGUUUACAUUUUAAUGUUUAUUACGAUGUACAGAGCAAGAAACUGAAUGUGAAAACUAAAAAAAGUUGUUGUAUCCACAUUCCACAAGAUCAAACAUUCUGUCUUCUUAAUUAUUGGUCGAUAAUCUAAUAUAAUCAACAACAACAGCGAACUCAACGAUCCUACUCGCACGCUUUAGCACCAACACUGAGGCUUUCAAGCAUGUUGGAGCCGUGGGUUAUGCUUAGUUCGGGCAAAAGAAAGGACAAAGGCAUCGAAAAGAGAGUUUAGAUGACACCACCACCACCAACAGCAGCAGCAGCAGCAGCAGCAGCAGCGCUGGAGGAUGCGUCGUUUGCUUCAGCUUCGUAGAUAUUUAAGGAGCAACCAACUGUAACUGGCGCCAUUGAUAAGUAGCAUUAGCAAAGGAAAUGUUUUCUCUUUGCUCUUCCGCAUUCAACUAUGGAAAUUGCAUUGUUUUUAAACCCUUUUGCUAUAAGCUAUUAUGAACCCCUUGUUUGGAUUGGAGAGUUGAAGAUUGAAAUAAUAUUGCAUAUAAACAUUUAGCAG